AUGCACAAAUCGCAGCUGUCUGUCAAUUCGGUGCAGUCGCUCGUCGAGCCCACCACUCCACCGUUGGGACAAAUGAACAAUCGCCAAAACCACCAACGCACGCACUCGCUCGAUCUCUCAGGCUUCAACCAGUUUAUUCAGGGCAACUCGCCUCUGAUGCCACUUUCGCUGUCGCCUGCAGCGCCUGCAAUGCCCUCGCACCGAUCCAAUCUCAAAUCGUUGCCCCAGAUCAACGAAUUUGCAGCGCCAGCACGCACCGUUAGUGGCUCGACCGUGUCGUCAGCCUCUGGCAGCGUCCCAGCAGACCUCAAUUGGACUCCCCUCGAGGAGCUCGACUAUGUCAAGCUCGCUACCGACCAGUUCGGCUGCCGUUUCUUGCAAAAAAAGCUCGAGACGCCUCACGAGUGCUGCGCCGUGCGCGAUCUUAUGUACGGCCAGAUCAGUCCCUUCUUCUUGGACCUGAUCCUGGAUCCCUUCGGCAACUAUCUUAUCCAGAAACUGUGCGAGUGUUUGACCACUGACCAAAAAACCCAAUUGGUCGACAAGAUCUUCCCACAUGUGUUCCAAAUCUCGGUCAACCAAUACGGAACCCGUUCGCUGCAGAAAAUUAUAGACUCGCUUGAUACCGAGGCACAGGUUGACCAAAUUAUCUCAGGGUUUGGCCAGCGUUACACUUCCAUCGAUCAGGUCGUAGUGCUGAUCAACGAUUUGAAUGGUAACCAUGUUGUCCAGAAAUGCAUUUUCAAAUUCCCGCCCACGAAGUUCGACUUCAUCAUCGACGCCAUUGUUGACCACAACAAUAUCGUCAAGGUCUCCACUCACAAACAUGGCUGUUGCGUCUUGCAGAAGUUGUUGAGCGUCUGCACUUUGCAACAGAUCUUCAAAAUUUCCGUCAAGAUUGUUCAGUUCCUCCCUCAUUUGAUUAACGACCAGUUUGGCAACUAUAUUAUCCAGUUUUUGUUAGAUGUUAAAGAGCUGGAUUUCUACUUGUUGGGCGAAAUCUUCGAUAAAUUAUCCAUUGAGUUGUGUCAGCUCUCUUGUCUCAAAUUCUCAUCUAACGUUGUCGAGAAAUUCAUCAAAAAGCUGUUUAUGAUCUUGAAAGUGUCCAUGUUGCCUAAUGCUGCCAAAAACAACACGAUCCCAGACGACGUGGUCAUGGUGGCUAUGAGGAUUUUGCUCGCAAUUAUUGACAUUUUUACGGCUAACUUGAACGUUUUGAUUAGGGAUAAUUUUGGAAACUAUGCGCUACAAACUCUCUUGGAUGUCAAGAACUACACCAAACUUUUGCAAUUCUCGGAUAACACUUAUGUGCAUAAAUCUGUCAGCACUUUCAACUUCAGCCAGGAAUUCACUGUGAAAGUGAGCAAUUUGGUGAUUUUGACCAAAGAAUUGUUGCCUAGCAUCAAAACCACGUCUUAUGCCAAAAAGAUUAAACUCAAAGUGAAGGCCUUUAUCGAACUGACCGGCUUGGUUUUCAACGAUAAUACUUCGCCCAAAAAUGGCCCUGUCGCCGUUAACGGUCAGCACCACAGUAAUAAUCGAAGACAGCAUGCUCGUCACUACUCUUUACCGGCAAAUGCUUAUCGACACCGCAGAAACAGCAGCUCUUUGUCCCUUUCAUCUGGAUACCCUAUGUUUCAACCACCACAUCAGCAUAUUGCCCAGCCCUUCUCUCAAGGAAGCGAUGCGUUUGGCAAUCCUUCAUCAAUGUACUCCAGUGGUAACCAGAACCAUGUCAAUGCUCAGUAUUUUUAUCCCAUGCAGCAGAGACCGCCUAGCAUCAUUUACAACACGCAACCGGAGGCGUUGCGUCCUAUGGAAAAUUUCAAUGUUCCCACCACUGCCAUGUCCGCAAACGACCUUGCAUAUAACGAUCCUCGUUUGAUGCAGAUACCUAAAGCUCAGACCGAUACCCACGUUUACAACCCCACUAUUGAAUCGUCCAAAAACUUGUAUGCGAGCAGCAACAACUAUGAAAAUGUCAAUUACAGUGGCUUUCACUACUGA